AUGCCGUAUUUUUUCGACCGUGUCGACACGGUGAUGGUGCCAAACAUCUCCAAGCUUCUUCACGUGGCACGCAGGUCUGGUGUGGAGGUUGUUUACACCGUCAUCGAAUCACUUACUGCUGACGGGAGAGAUGCUUCUCUAGACUACAAGCUCAGUGGACCCUUGCACGUCCCGAAGGGUCAUCCAGAUGCGGCUGUACUACCAGCGUUGAAACCUCGGGUGGAUGACAUCAUCCUGCCGAAGACAUCUUGUUCGGUUUUCUGCUCGACCAACAUCGCCUACGUGUUGCGUAAUUUGGGCACACGAUACUUGAUCAUCUGUGGGCAGCUGACGAACCAGUGCGUCGAGUCCGCCGUCCGUGAUGCCGCAGAUCUGGGCUUUCUAGUCACCGUUCCCGAAGAUGCGUGUGCUGCAAAAUCUGAAAGUGAUCAUGCAGCCGGUCUCCACAACAUGAAAGGCUUUGCACGGAUCGUUUCCAGCGAGGCCCUUCAAGCUGAACUUUCGGGACAGGCGACGAUUCCAUGCAAGAUUUCCUCGAAUAAGAAAUGUGUGUGCUACUUGAAUGUAGCUUACGAUGAGGCAUAUGGAAAGCACGUGCCAGAAAUGGUGCUGGAAAUGUUUGGAGAUGCCGGUGCUGAGCCUUUCGAGCUCCACAAUUGUAAGAUCGCAGAAAACCAGUUCCCAAGCAGGCUGGAUUCCUACAGCGGCUUCUUGAUCAUGGGAAGCAUCUCCUCGGCGGCCUGUGGCGCAAAGAACGAGCCGUGGCUUGGCUCUCUGAGCGUUUUCCUGCGGAGGCUCUGUGAAGAGGAGCGCCCUUUAGCCGGAGUUUGCUUCGGACAUCAGGCCAUUGUCAGAGCACUGGGUGGGACGGUCGUUGUGAAUCCAGCAGGCACCAAAUCGGGACUACAAACAUAUCCUUUAACCGAUGCUGCCCGAGCCAGUCUUGACUUGCCUAGUGACCAAGAAACCAUCCAGUUGUUUUGCCAUCAUGCGGACACUGCUGUGGUUCUGCCAAGCCACGCGGCAAGCUGGGGAUAUUGCACUGGUGGGCACUGGGGUAUGACAUAUGGCAAUUGCCUCACCACACAAACCCACCCCGAGUUCUCAACGAAAUCUGGCUUGGGGUCGCUGCGGACAAUUCUUGAGAAUGAUCGCCGGGGCAGGAAGGGUUCAGUCACGUCUUUGCUUGAACCAAGCGAAGAGGAAAUCGAUCGGCAGAUCGGCCUUCUUGGCAGUGAAACAGGAUACAAGGCGCUGGCUGUGGCCUUUGCCCGCCUUUUCCAUUUGCUGCCUAGCCUCAAGCGGUCCCACCAAGGGGCGUGA